AUGGUUAUCAAAGCCCUUAUCAAUAAAUGGAAGAAAGGAGACUCGUUGGUAGACGACUUGAGAGGUGCUUUGAAUAACCCCCGAUACAGUGACCUAAAACUCGUGUGCGAAGAUGACGUCCUGUACGGUUGUCGUGCACUCCUCGCGACGCGUUGUGAAAUGCUCGAUCGUCUUUUGUAUAACGGAAUGCGAGAAACAAAUGCAAACGAAAUUUUAUUUCCAACCAUAAAAUGUGCUGCAAUGAAAGUAAUUCUCGAGUAUAUUUACACCGAUAAGCUUGCACCCGAUUCGUUAACGCUCGAAAACACGGUCAUAUCAUACGCAGCAGCCGAUUACUUUAUGAUCACACCGUUACAGGAUCACAUAUUAAACUUUAUCGACAGUAAACUGGGCAUGCAAACAACAGAUUACGCGGUGGAUUUGUUGUCCAAGGCAUUGGAAGCAAUGCCGGAUGCUGAAUUGGUAAAUAGGCUGUUUUACUUGUUGAGUAAAUAUAUCGCAUGUUCGCCAUUAUCGGCCAUAGAUAGCAAAAAGUUUACGUCGAGAUCUCUGCAAGCUUUAUUGUCAUUGACUAUACACGAUAAGACAAUUUUUUUUGCAACAGACGAAUACGACGUGUUCAGAUAUAUCAUGAUAUGGGGCGCACUUGAGGUGUCGCCUGAUUUAGCGAGUCUUCUCGACUCUAAUCUCCCUCGCUCGGAUCACAUGAAAGAUUUUACCGAAUGGAAACAGAGAGACAAUAUUAUCAAUGACCGAUCCUUUCAAUUGUUUCUAAAUAAAUUUACCGACAUCAUAUCUCCGGUAUGCCAAUAUGUAGAUUUCAGGAGAAUCCAAGCCGAAGUACUUCAAGAUGUAAUAGAACCUUUAGACAUAAUACCCAAAGAAACGCUUCUCGAGACUUAUAGGGUGCAAGCGCGAAACAAAGGGCCGCUUUCAUGCCGACGAGGGGAUCCAAAAGCUGUCCCUCUACCGACAGCUGUUUCCGAGUUAGCUACGUCGUCCACCUUGCGAUGGGAUGAACAAUUCUAUUGGGACAAGUUUAAAUGCGGUGACAAGCUAAUUAUAUCUGCUAAUAGCACGUUAGUAGAGACAAAUUCUCGAUGUCAGGGUCACCAAUCGGUUAGUGCAAAGCUACCUAUUGGUGAUAACGGAGUGUACGAAUGGGAUUUUGUGAUAGUUCGAACAUGUGGAGUCAUGUGGAUUGGAUUAUGUGGAGAAGGAAUUGAUUUUGGAAAGUUUUUGGGAACGCAAAACGCAUGGGUAGUAGGAUCCAAUGGGACGAAGUAUAACCCACCGGCAUUUAGCAGUCAGUAUGGUGUUGCAUUUGGCGAUAAUACUACUGUUACUAUUCAUCUAGACAUGAACCAAAGGACGUGCGCAUUUACGAUCAACGGGGUGAAAUAUGAAAACGCAUUCACGGAUCUUCCUGAUAAAGUGUAUCCCGCAGCGUCGUUACGCUAUCCUGGCAAAGUACGCCUUCAAUUGAGAGAGAGUACAAAAUGA